AUGUUGUCCAACGUAGCUCCAGUUUCCGACAUACCGGCUGCGAAUAAUUGGGACAUCUUCAAACUCCAGCGUAAAAUCCUGCUCAUCUUUGGAAUCUGGCCGGCGGAUCGUUUGGUGCGCCGUUGGUAUAUGAAGGUGCUUAUUACCAUCAACUUAAUAACACUCGUCAUCUGUGUGGUGGGCGAGUUUCUCCACGGACUGUACGCCUACCGGGACGGUGAUCUCAGUGAAACUAUCGAGUGCAUUUGCCCAACAGUCUCGCGGAUUUCGGGUUGUUUGCGAAUGGUAUUUUAUCUAAUUAAUGAAGAAAAAAUAGGCCAAGUACUCAAUAACAUAAACCAGGUGUUAAAAGAUAAACAUCCACGCGAAAAUGGUGUUACGAAACGGAUGAUCACGCUGGGGCAACAUUUUACUUUCUAUUUGUUUCUGAUGAUGUUCUUUGCCGCUUUUUUGUACGGACUGACACCCUUUCUGAUUAUGGCCUACAAUUGGUUUCAGGGGCAGAAACCAUUGGUAAAACUGCUGCCAUUCAAGUUAAAAUUACCGUUUGAUUCGCAAAAUUCCUUCUACUUCGUUUUGACAACCAUAUUUUUAAACUACGCCUCCGCUCCUACCAUAACAUCACAAACCGGUAGCGAUGCACUGUUUAGUGGCGUUUGUCUUUACAUUUACGGACAGUUUCAAGCUAUCAAGCUGGAAAUGGAAGCUCUCUCGGCGACACUUGAUAGCAGCUUGUCGAAAGGUUCUUCAGCCGAAACGCGACGUAUAAAUAACGAACUAAGACGCAUCAGCAAGCGCCACCAAGAAAUUAUAGAGCUUGUGGCAGAAGUUCAGCGUGCCUUUACGCCAAACGUACUGCUUGUCUACACGGCUACAGCCAUCAUCAUGUGCAUCGUCUGCGUGGCAAUGCUUGUGGUAUGCGAAAAGUAUGCUAAAGUCGAAGGAGUGUAUAAGCUAACCUACUUACCGUACGCAUUUGCCGAGUUAACCUUGCUGUUUCUGUACUCGUACAGUGGUACAAUCAUCCGUGAUUCGAGUGAAGCCCUUCAAACGGUGGCGUACAAUUUCCCAUGGUAUCGAUUCGACCACAACACACGUCACCUUAUUCAAAUGAUGAUGAUUAGAGCACAAUACGGAUCGAACGUUGACGUGCCGUUCUUUGAAACUUCUAUGGCAAGCUUUUCGAUAAUCGUUCGUACAGCUUCUUCCUACAUUACACUAAUGAAAUCCUUCUUGUAA